GGGGUCUGCAGCUGGGCAGGGGUGCCCCAUGUCCCUCUGUCCCAUCAAGCGGGGGCAGGAGGUUGCCAGGACGGACGGACAGGGUGUGGGUUUGCCAUGCCCAUCAUCGGGGCUUCAGCCUUCCGUGUGCCAGCGCUGGCUGAAGAGGCUGAAGAUGCCCGAGCCCUCAAGCCUUGAGCUGACACUGCUGCUGGGACAGGUCCCACCAGCUCCUGGACUCAGGUGCCAGCUCCUGGGCAGCACCUCCCCAAAGGCUGCAGUGCCAGGGGCCACGCUGGGCUGGUGUGGGAGCAGGGGCAGCACAGCAUGGGGAGCCCGUGCCGGGGUACCGCGGGCACCCGACCACCGCAGCAGCAUCGCUUCUACACCCAUGGAGGCCAAGGAUGGUGGGGGCCUGACCUGGGACACUGCACGCAGCUGGACAGUGUGUCACCACGUCACUCUGGGUGGACAAACUCUCCACGGCACGGCUUCAGGUCUGCCCCGCUGGGGCAUCUCCACCGGGUGCAUCUGGCUCUGUGGGUGCCAUCAUCAUCCCUGCUCACCACCAGCAUCCAGGACAUUCCCACCACCACGGGGAUAUGUUUCUGCCACAAAUGCCCUCUCUGCCGGAGCCCCCUCUGCCACACAGAGGAGCCGGGACGCGUCUGGUUUUGCCCGUGGCCUGGCCGGGGCUCGGUUGUGUUGUGUUUCUGUUCUCGCUAUGCUACUGGGCAGGAAAAUGACGGUGGCUUUGUUUGGCCCGUGGGGUUUGUGUGUGUCACUGUUGAAGACGCUGGUUUGUACUAGGCUGGCGAGGGAGGCGCUGGGCAUCCUUCCGCUGGCAGAGGCUGUAUUGUUUUAGGAGAUGUUUGGUAUUGUCUAUGUUGUCUUCCAUGUGAACAUGACAUUUAUUCAUUCAGA